AUGUAUCCCAAUUGGACGUCUGCAACUACUGACGAGCCCUAUUGGGCUCCCAGCGGUCCUAAUCUGAGUACUAUGGCUCCUACACCUACGAACAGUAUUAAGCAGCCGUAUGAUCCAUUACUUUAUAAUCAAAAUUAUAUGAACAAUAUGAAAAAUAUGUUAGCAGCUCAAUGGGUAGAAAAUAGCAAUCCUUUCAACUACAAUCCGUUACAAGCCACUUCAACAACCUUUCCUGAACGAGCAGCAGCCCAAUUAGCCCAGCCAGUUUUUCCGUGGAUGAAGAUGGGAGUUGCUGUUGCCGGAACGAAGACAGGCGAAUCGAAGCGUACGCGACAGACGUACUCCAGGAAUCAGACAUUAGAAUUAGAAAAAGAAUUUCAUUAUAAUAAGUAUUUAACACGUAAACGUCGUCAAGAAAUCAGUGAGAGCUUACAACUAACGGAACGACAAGUUAAAAUAUGGUUCCAAAACAGGCGAAUGAAACACAAAAAGGAAAGUAAGGGUGAAGGUGAAACCAUUGGAAAUGAUAGUGAUGAAUCAACUCAAGAUGAUCAUCAGAAUUCUUAA